UGGUGUGUGUGUACGUGUGUGCGUGUGUGUGCUGCCUCGCUUCGCUCCAACCUCAGUGCGUUAAAAGAGAGGAGGAAGGGGAGGACUUACUACUAUUACUACUACUACUACUACUACUAUUGCUACUGCUACUACUGCUGUGGCUGCCAUGGUUCCGUACAGUGGCGCCGACAGGAGACUGGCGUCAUCCGUGCGGGCUGGGGACGGAGCGGGGGUGCGGGCGGCGCUGCAGGACGGGGCUGGCCACCACAGGGCGGCCCCCGACGGGCGCCUCCCCUUGCACUCGGCGGCGGCGACGGGACGCGCGGAUGUCAUCACGGCGCUGCUGCAGGCCGGGGCGGACCUGCACGCCACUAGCGGCAUGCCCAGGGACGACGGGGGCACGGCGCUGCACCUGGCGGGGGAGAGCGGCCAGGUGGAGGCUUUGCGGCUCCUGGCGACGGCCGGGGCACCGCUGGACGCCGCGGACAACAAGGGCCGUACCGCCGUGCACUGGGCCGCACUGAGGGGCCAGAAGGACGCCCUGGUCACCCUGCACACCCUUGGCGCAGAUCUCCACGCGCAGGACGCAGGCCGCGCCAACGCCCUGCACUUUGCGGCGGCCUCGGGGGCCCUGGAGGUCGUGCGCUAUCUGGUGGAGUCGGCGGGCGUGUCCGUGGCCCAGCUGGAUGUCAAUAAGAGGUCGCCAUACGAUGUGGCCAAGAGGAAGGGGCAGAAGCAUGUUGUGGCGUACUUGAAGCAAAAGGAUCAGCACUCAGACUCCCUCCGCCAUCAGCCAUCCCAGCAGGGGCCGUCAGCAUGGGUCUACAGGCAGGAGUCACCCCCGACACGCCCGAAGAGUCAUCAUGAGGGGUCAGCACGCAACUCUGAGACUCGACACUCCUACCGAGCACGUCCUCACAGUCAGCAUGGCACCUCAGCAUAUGCACAAAGUCAGCAGAAUCAGCACGAGGUAGUAUCACGCUCCAGUAGUCAGCACGAUAGGUCAGCAUGGAACGACAGCCCACAAAAUCAGCAUAUCGUCGCAUCCCGUUCCCAGAGUCAGCAUGAUAGGUCAGCAUGGAACAACAGCCCACAAAAUCAGCAUAUCGUCGCAUCCCGUUCCCAGAGUCAGCAUGAUAGGUCAGCAUGGAACAACAGCCCACAAAAUCAGCAUAUCGUCGCAUCCCGUUCCCAGAGUCAGCACGAUAGGUCAGCAUGGAACAACAGCCCACAAAAUCAGCAUAUCGUCGCAUCACGUUCCCAGAGUCAGCAAGAUGAGACAGCAUCGAACUAUAGUCAGCAAAAUCAGCAUGAGGUCCUGUCACGCUCCAGGAGUCAGCAUAAAGAGCAUAUCGUUGCGUCGAGGUCCCAGAGUCAGGACGGGUCAGCAACGUGGAGUCAGGGUCAGCGAGCAACCCCGGCCCGUCAGAGUCAGCGGGACACGUCAGCCUGGGUCCAGAGUCAGCAGCAGCAGCCGGAGGAGCCGAGGUCAGCGCUGACUCUCCUGACGCAGCAAAAUCAAGACUGCAAGAAGAAAAUUGCUGAUCUACAGAAGCGUGAGGCUGAGCUGGAGCAGAGGUCAGCGGCGGACCAGCAAAACCUCGCCGAGCUCAGGAGGGAGGUGGAGCGGCUCACCGGCCUUCUGCAGAGCGAGGGUCGUGAUGCAGCGAGCAGCCGAGAGGUGGCAGCACUGCGGGAGGAGGUGCAGCAUCUGACCAUCAUGCUGGACGACACCGGGAGACGAGCCAUGGCAUCGCAGGAGGGGCAGCAGAGGAGAAUCGAGGCCCUGAGGAGUCAAGAGGAACAGUACAGGAGAACGAUAGCAGACCUGACGCGGCGAUUGGCGGUGGCGGAGGAGAGCAACGGAGCCAUGAUGGCUGAGGCGAGGGAGCGAGAGAGGAGCGAAACUUACCUGAAGGGAGAGGUCGACAGGCUGCAUCUGGCCCUGGCAUCGGCGCCCAAGCUGGAGGCCUAUGCUGAGCUGCAGGCGCGCGCCCACAGACUGACGGAGCAGGACACCAUUCACCGCCAGGCCAUUCUUGCCCUACGGCGCCAGCUGGAGGCCGCCGCCCGCGCCCCCGCCCAGGCACCCUCCGCCACCCCCAAUAACACGGACCAGAGGAAGCUGCGAGAGGCCACUUUGGAGGCGGAGAAGUACAAGGAGGAGGCGGCGACGCUUGCCAAGAGACUGCAGGAGACGAUGCACCGGGCCGCGGAGGCUGAAAAGACGGCCAGUGCGUAUAAGCAUCGGUGGGGUGAGUGUGACCGUGAGCUGCGGGAGGAGCGGGAGUCGAACGCGAAAUCGGAGGCGGUGCUGCGGGAGGAGAAUGCGGAGCUGAAGGGCAGGAUGGAUGGCAUGAAGAAGAAGGCGGUCUCCAGGUCCCUCUCCCGCACCACCGCCCACGCCUCCUCUGACGGCUGACUCGAGGGCGCUAGCGGUGGGGUGAAACUGGGACGAGGUAUACAACAAAAGAGAAGGGAGGAACCUGCCAGGCGCCGCCGUCGACUUCAAGUGGACGGAAGAUCCACACAUCCCGCCUCCUCCAAGACUACAACGCCCCGCCGCUCAUCUGGAUCCUCAUCGUCACUGCGCCGCGCACGAAGCAAAGAGAGGCUUAUCUAGAUUUAUGACCCAUACUCUCAAAUAUUUCAAAGCUUAAGUGGCUAUUACACUGGGCAAAUUUUCCGUGGAUCUUCAGUCAAACCACGAUUUCCGCUGGCGUGGUUCUCAUAUUUCCGUGGUUUUCUGGCGGGUCCACGAGCAAAGAGAGGCUUAUCUAGAUAUAUGGCCCAUACUCUCAAAUAUUUCAAGGCUCAAGGGGCUAUUGCACUGGGCAAAUUUUCCGUGGAUCUUCAGUCAAACCACGAUUUCCGCUGGCGUGGUUCUCAUAUGUCCGUGGUUUUCUGGCGGGUCCACGAUCUUCCAAAGCUACGGUAGAUUUCACAGAAGGACGACGGUAUUACUCACCAUCAUCAUCAGCAGCAAUAACAAGAAGCAAAUGAGAACCUCGCUAGCGGAAAUCGUGGUUUGACUGAAGAUCCACGGAAAAUUUGCCCAGUGUAAUCGCCCCUUCAACAUUUGGUAAGACUUUAACCUCUUGACUGUGGAUUUCCUACAAGAAGACAUCACCAAGCUACAGGAAUGAAGCAAAAAAAGUGGCUGCUACAAUUCAAGGGAAAAUGUGUGAUCAUUGCGUAGAUUUAUUUGCUUAUCCACCGUUCACAAGGCUUUUCCUGAGCUCACUUCUCUCCCAAUGUGGAUUUAGAUUAUGGUUUCGCAUAGUUAGUAUACCUAUUGUUCUUCUUAUUUUGUUGUUUAUUUUUUAUUAUCAUUAUCAUUAUCAUUAUUAUUAUUAUUAUUAUUAUUAUUAUUAUUAUUAUUAUUAUUAUUAUUGUUAUUAUUGUUCUUCUUUUUCUUCUUCUUCUUCUUAUUAUUAUUAUUAUUACUGUAUUAUUAUUACUAUUACCAUUAUUAUCAUCAUCAUCAUCAUAACUGUUGUUCUUGUAUCUACUAUCUACCAAUAUGGAAUAAACAUAACAAGUCGUAACAUUGUCAAGAAAAUUCCAAGUUGCGUCACAGGUGAAGGUCAGAAAGGGUAGUCCGUCCCUCGGCCUCGGGAAGUCGUGGGCUGAGGCAAGGGGGCGGGGGCGGGACGGGCUGUCAGACACAAUACCUUGGCCCAUGUUAUAAUACCUCCAUGCCUUGGCGAGACGACGGAAACGACAACCAUUGAGCAGAGUUACCUGUGCCCGAGCUCAACCAACAUUGCCAAAUUGUCUUACUCAGUUUCUUAUAUUUACCGACUUCCGACCCAAAAACUGUCUCGUGGACCCCAAUAAGGAGAUUCACUUAUAAUUAUCGUUAAAAUAGUUGAUUCCUUAUGUUUCUUGGCAAUAGUUAGGCGUCAGAAACCGGUAAAUACUAUGAGUAUGACAAUCUGGCAACGGUGGAUUGAGGAAGUCUUGUCUGAUGCACACAGUUGUUUGGUGCAAAGUAACCUGUGUGUGUGUGUGUGUGUGUGUGUGUGUGUGUGUGUGUAAAACCGAACGAAGGCAGGCUAAGUGCGCAGGUUUUCCUCCUCGUUGCGCAAGGGCCUAUGAGACGGAGAUGAGCACUAAGGCCACAUGCAGGUAUAUCAUAUGCCCCAAACUUUACCUUUUUUGAUAAUUAGGAUCAGUGGAUGUACACGUUGCUGAGCUCUGUGUUCCAGUUCAGGGCAUAAUUUUUAAGUUAUUGGCGUGUGUGGCCACAAUAUAUAGUGAUUGAUUGAUUGAUAGUUUAUUGUUACAAGUAAACAACAAAGGAGAAGGGAGGAGCAUGCCAUCCCAACCCCCAGGCAAUACAGAGUGUGAUUCUACAACUUUAAGGAUACAUGUGGAAGUAGCGUACCAAGAAACUAAAAAGAUACAAUGUGGUUGAACAGUACCAGAGGGCAGAGUUUUGGACCUUUGGAAACUAAAAAGAUACAGUGGUUGAACAGUACCAGAGGGCAGAGUUUUGGACCUUUGGAAACUAAAAAG